UUAUUGUACUUUCAGAUGAGAUUGCAAUCUGAACUUGUUGAUUAAAACUAAUGAUUACAAAUCAACUAUAUAAGUAUGUAUAGGUGAGUAUAGCUUAUUCCGGCAUCCUUUGCUCUGGUUGCCAAUUGAAAUCAAGAUGUUGCUGAAAAAUGUGAUCUUCCUUUUUACUAUCUACGUUUAUGUGAAUGCAGAAGUGUUAGUUACUAUACCAAAUAAAGGCACUAUCAGAGGAAGAAAGGAAUAUUCUCUGAGAAAAAACUCAUUCUACGCAUUCCAAGAAAUCCCCUUCGCUAAACCGCCUGUAGGAGAAUUGCGAUUUCGGGAGCCACAACUAGAUGAAGGAUGGGAGGGUAUCUUAGACGCAACGAAGAACACGAAAAUAUGUUAUCAACAGAGUAACAUGUUGAAUGUAAACCAGACCCUUCUGGAAAAUGAGGAUUGUUUGUAUCUAAAUGUUUACACACCGAAGUAUCCAACAGCCAACCAGGAAUUAUUACCCGUUAUGUUCCAUAUCUAUGGAGGAGGAUUCGUCAGCGGAGCUGCCAAUUUUGAAUUCAAAGGGCCCCAUUACUUCAUGGAACACGAUGUGAUAGUCGUCACAGCGAAUUAUCGUUUAGGACCUUUCGGCUUCCUUGCAACUGGUGACACGGUAAUUCCAGGCAACUACGGUUUGAAAGAUCAAGUAUUGGCCUUGAAAUGGGUCCAAGAUAACAUCAAAUAUUUCGGGGGGGAUCCACAAAAAGUGACCAUGUUUGGUGAAAGCGCUGGAGGAGCAUCUGUCAAUUUCCAUUACAUGAGCAAAAAAUCCGAAGGUUUAUUCAGAGCUGGUAUCGCAGAAAGUGGAUCGACAUUGAGUCCAUGGGCCUAUCAAAAAGACUACAAGAAAAUAGCCUAUGACCUUGCUACCUAUGUCGAUAGUAACUUCCCAAGAACUUCAAGUUCGGAAGAACUGCUUAAAUUUUUGCAAAGUGUUCCCGCUGGUGACCUCAACAAGGUUGCAGCUAAUAGUUACCCGUGGUGGGUUUACAACGAUCAAAUCGUCCAAGGAUUCUUGUUCGCACCUACAAUAGAGCCAGAGCACGAAAAUGCCUUCAUUUCUGAAUCGAUGUAUGAAGCAGUGGAAAAAGGUCACAUGAAUCGUGCUCCCAUGAUUAUUGGUAUAUGUUCUGAAGAAGGAUUAACGAUAAGGGUUUCCAAUGUGAAUGAUGUAAGCGAGUUCGAAAAAUUGGCAAAAGAAAUGGACAGCAACGCUUCUAUCUUAGUUAACGACAACAUGCACUUGACAGAUCCGAACCAAUUAGAGGCAGCAGGAGAGGCCAUCCACAGGAUUUAUACCGACGGAGCAUUUGUUGAUGAUUUGGGAAAAUCCAUCAGGUAUCAGAGUGACAAUUCAUUCAACAGGGGAAUAAUUCGUUACGCUGAAAUGCAGUCGAAAUUCAGCGAUAUCUACUUCUACCAGUUCUCUCACUAUGGCCCCAUCUUUGGAGAAAGACCAUACUUUGAAGGUGCUUACAAAGUCGGCCAUGCAAAUGAUGCAAAUUUCUUAUGGGUAUAUGGAAACUGGAGUACGAUGGACACCCAAAGGGCCGAUGAUAUUUUGACCUCCAGUCGUUAUCUCACAUUGCUCACAAACUUCGCCAAGUAUUUAGAUCCUACUCCAAAUUCAUCCAGUUUAUUGAAUGACGUUGACUGGCCCACAGUUAGUCCAGGUAAUUUCCAGUACCUGGAUAUAAACGACACCUUGACUAUCCAGAAGGAUCCUAAGGCGGACACUUAUUCGAAAUGGGUAGACCUUUACGAACAAAUGGCUAUCAAGCCAUACACUACUUUCUGAUUAUUGAAUCAAAUUGCACAUUGAAAUUAAUAAACCAAUUCGAAAACAUGAGUAUUUUUAUUGUUCCUUUAUCGUUCAAAAGUCAUUUCUAUAUAAAUAAUGUUCAACUUGGUGAUUAUAAAAAUUGUGUGGUAGAAGUGUGUUGUGUAGUAUUGACAUUUUUGAUCUGUGGAUCUGUCUAAUAAACCAAUUCG